CAGGGAAGGGGAGGGGAGGUUAAAAGGUGCCAGCGAGUGAAAGGCUGGAUGUCAGUCUCCGCCGACUGCCCCCGGCAGGCCCUGUCCCUCCCCCACCGCCAGCUGCAGAUGCUAUGGCUACUUGCACCUUGAGCAGCCUGGGCACAAUGAGUAACGACGCCAAGGCCGACUGCUCUCCCCGGGCUGGCAGGCUGGCACUGAAGGUGCCCGAGAGGCAGGUUUCCCGUUGCCAAGUGCGCCUGUCGGCAGGCGCCGGCGUGGGUGGCGCGUGCGGCCUCCAACAGGCCUGGUCCAGCGAGGACCUGCGGGCAGGAAGUGGACCUCCCCUGGGGAGAGGGGCCCCUCAGCUGUUGGUUGCCGGCGAUCCCCGGGUCGCCGGAGGACUCAGGCACAAGCUGCCGCCGCCGCCGGAGGACCAGAGGAGCGCGUUCCCCGGCAUUCCCAGAGCUGAGCGGCAAUUGCGGAGGCGAAGGAGCAGGAGCAGAGAGCGAGAGUGCUCCCAGACCGGCGAGGAGGCCCGCCCAGGGAUGGAGGGUGCCGGCAGGACAGAGCAGGAGUGCAAGGAAAGAGCGCCGCUGGCACUGCGGGGCCUCCCGGUCAACAGCAGUCCCAUUCCAAGCCAGGAGGAGUGGCUUUGCCGCCGGUUAACCCAGCAUUGCACUGCUGGGGAUCAGGACGCGGGAGCCAGGCCGGUUGGCCUCAGGACCGCUUCUCCAGUCCGGCCUGGCCUCCCUGACCCAUUGCCGCAUCCUGCCGGCCCCAUCAGCGGCAGCAGCGGCGUGGAGAUCCCUCACGUCAUCGUGACGGAACACGGGCAGGACAGCUGUGAAGACACCACCGACGAUGGCAACCCAAAUGGGCCCCGGCUGUUCAUGCGGAAGCUCUCCUCCUCAUCGGCCUCCUCUGCCGGCUUCUCCUCCUCCUGGGAUGAAUCAGAGGAAGAUAUCUCCAGCGACCCUGACAGAGGAGGUGAGGCCAGCUCGGCCUUCCUGCAGACUCUGGACCAUCAGCCCAGACCCAGAGUGAGUAAAUCCUGGAGGAAGAUCAAGAACAUGGUGCACUGGUCGCCCUUUGUAAUGUCCUUUAAGAAACGGUAUCCAUGGAUACAGCUAGCGGGACACGCUGGUAGCUUCAAGGCGGGAGCAAAUGGCAAAAUCUUGAAGAAGUACUGCGAGUGUGAGCAGCGCUGCCUGGACCGCCUGAUGGGUGAUGCACUGCGCCCCUAUGUGCCGGCUUACCAUGGCGAAGUGGAGAAGGAUGGCGAGAGGUACAACCAGAUGGACGACCUACUGGCAGAUUUUGACCUGCCAUGCGUCAUGGACUGCAAAAUGGGAGUGAGGACAUACCUGGAAGAGGAGUUGACCAAAGCGAGGAAGAAGCCCAGCCUGAGGAGGGACAUGUACCUGAAGAUGGUGGAGGUGGAUCCUGAGGCACCGACAGAAGAGGAGAAGACCCAGCGGGCUGUCACCAAGCCGCGAUACAUGCAGUGGAGGGAAACCAUCAGCUCCACAGCCACGCUAGGCUUCAGGAUCGAAGGGGUCAAGAAUGAGGAUGGGACGGUGAACCGUGACUUUAAGAAGACGAAAACCAAAGAUCAGAUUGAGGAUGCAUUCAGGGACUUCACCAAAGGAAACAAGGUUAUUUUGGAAAAGUACCUCGAUCGUUUGAAGCUGAUUAAGGACACUCUGGAAGCCUCUCCUUUCUUCAAGACUCAUGAGGUGAUCGGAAGCUCCUUGCUCUUUGUACAUGACAGACGGGACCAAGCCAAGGUUUGGAUGAUUGACUUUGGCAAAACGACGCCCCUGCCGGAGGGCCAGGUCCUGACCCACAGGAUAGCCUGGGUGGAGGGCAAUCGAGAGGACGGUUACCUCUGGGGACUGGAUCACCUCAUCUCCAUCAUGACAGCUAUGUUGCAGGAGCAAAACUGAGAUGGAGCCAGAACUUCCUUCCAACAGCUGAACUGCUCCUCGUUCAUCAGUACAUGCCGCACUACAGAACGUUCUAGAACAAGCCCGCCUACCCCCACCCCCACAUUGGGAAAACACAGAAAACAGGCUGGGCUGUGAUAUGACGUUAAACUGCCGAAGCCAAGACUCUAGAUAAUGGGAUUCAUGUUACCUCUCCUCCAUCUCCUUAACCUUCCCUCCUCCUCCUUUUCCUUCUGUGUCCUACUUUCCCUACCCCUCCCCUCCCCCUCGCACUUCCAUUCCCUCAGUUACUUGUUGGCAGAAUCUGUCUCAAUAUGUAGGAGUCGGCCCCUGAGGCUCAAAAUAACAAGGGAGGAGUGAGUCGGAUCCUCGAAGGCAGCUCGAGAAUGUUCCAGAAGUUUAAUCGCAUGAGAUCCUGAGUGUCGCCAACGUCCCUUAUCUUCUUGAUUUAAACACCAGUGCCAUGAAUUGAAUGACAUUGAAUUUUACUGCACAGUAACAGGCCAUUCAGCCCAACGUGUCUGUACUGGCAUGAGCCUCCAGUGAGUCUUUGUGCACAUUGACUAUUGGGUAGAAGAUGGAAUUGUCAUCUGGUGGAUGAAGGAGUUCUUGGGCUGGUGUCGUUCAUACGGAGAGAAGUAGGGUUUAGAACGGGCUCCUAAAGGCUUGGAGCCUCCUUUUCAGUUUCUGUUUGCACAGGUCACACAGACCAGGAUCAGUUCACACAGGCCGGGCUCAGUCCAUAGGCCGGGUCAGUUCCCACAGGCCGGGGUCAGUUCCCACAGGCCGGGUCAGUUCCCACAGGCCGGGGUCAGUUCCCACAGGCCGGGUCAGUUCCCACAGGCCGGGGUCAGUUCCCACAGGCCGGGUCAGUUCCCACAGGCCGGGGUCAGUUCCCACAGGCCUGGGUCAGCCCCACAGGCCGGUGUCAGCCCCACAGGCCAGGUCAGUUCCCAAAGGCCAGGUCAGUCCCACAGUCCAGGGUCAGUCCAUACCCCGGGUCAGUCCCACAGGCCGGGGUCAGUUCCCAAAGGCCAGGUCAGUCCCACAGUCCGGGGUCAGUCCAUAGGC